UAUCUCGGGCGACGACGUAACGUGUUUUCGAUUUCACGUGCCGAUUAGAGUGGAAAGCUUUCGCGACUCCGCUGUGCGCGACUUCUCCGGUUGCCGUGGUGAUUCCUGUUGGUUUUUCGAAUUUUCCACCGCUCGUGGCAAUUUUGUGCAUUCGUAUCAAGUCAUGCCGCCCAAGAAGUCGAAGAAAGCCAACAAGCACAAUCAGGAUUGGGCCGACGACGACGAUGAUUCGGCCGUGGAUAUAUUAGCUGCUGCCAAAGCAAAUGAUGAUGAAGCACCGGUACAACCUAAUCGUGGAAAUAAAACUUCUAAAAAAAACAAGAAAAAGAAUAAAAAUCAAGAUUGGGAAGAUGAAUCUGAAGAUUUGGUAGAUAUUUUGGCUGCCUCAGAAGUAAAUGAUGAUGCAACUACCAAUGAGCCACCACAACCUAACCGUGGAAAUAAAAUUUCUAAAAAAAACAAAAAGAAAAAUAAGAAUCAAGAUUGGGAUGAUGAAUCAGAAGAUUUAGUUGAUCUAUUGGCAGACACAAAAUUAAAUGAUGACGAUGUUGAAGAAAUCCCCCAGCCAACUCGUGGAAAUAAAAUCUCUAAAAAGAAUAAGAAAAAGAACAAAAAUCAACAACAAGAUUUGGAAGAAAAUUCAGCAGUUGAUGAUGAUGAUGAUGCUGAUGAUGAUGACGUUAACAUUAAGGUUUCAACAUCGCCAACGGAAGAAGUCGUCGACAAUACACCUGUCAAAAUUCCGACGGGAAAAGUUUCGAAAAAAAACAAAAGGAAAAAAAAAGAUUUUGAUUUGGAAGAAGACGACGAUGACCAACUGGUUCAAGACAAUGUCGACAAUAAAUCUUCGGAUAUCGUUGUAGAAGAACCUGUUGAUGUUGAUGAUGAUUUGACAGAAAAAUCUGACGAGAAAAUCGAAAAGGUCACCGAUUAUAUUGAAAAUGACAGUCCUCCAACAGCUAUACCAGUUAUAGAUCAAGACGUAGAUGAUAAAGACGGUGGUGAUGUAGAUGAGGAUCUGGAAGCCGCUAAGCUCGCUGGAAAAAAGAAGAAAUCGAAAAAAAAUAAAAAGAAGACAAAUUAUGACGAGGAAAUUUUAAUGGAGGCGUCGACAGCAGAUGUGACUGUAGAAGACGAUAAAAGCAAAAAGUCUGAUAUCGUCGAGGAAAUGCCCGUUGAACAGAGUGCUGACGUAGCUGACCUCGAGAACGCAGUGACUAGUGCUGAUGGUGAAAACGAGGAUAAUGCCGACCAAUUCGAGGAUGAAGCUGUACCAGAGAUAGUAAAAGUGCCCAAACAGAAAUCGAAAACUAAGGACGUAAACAAAUCACUGUCCCAUAAAGAGAAAAAGAAAAUGAAAAAAGAGUUGGAGUAUCAGAAACAAAUGGAUUUGAUGACCAAGAAAGGGGGCCAGGGCCACAGUGAGUUGGGAGCCAACUUUUCGGUGUCACAGAUUCAAAAGACAGCAGGUCAACUAGCGGCCAUGGAGCACGCAGUUGACAUUAAAAUUGACAGCUUUAGCAUUGCAGCCAAAGGUCAGGAUUUGUUCGUCAACGCCAGCUUACUGAUUGCCCACGGCCGGCGAUACGGUCUGGUCGGACCAAACGGUCACGGAAAAACGACACUACUCAGACACAUUGCCGAGCGGCUGUUCGAUGUACCACCUGGUAUUGACAUCCUGUACUGUGAACAGGAGGUAGUAGCUGAUGAAACAACAGCGGUAAAGGCUGUACUUAGGGCGGACACACGAUGUACAGAGUUGCUUGCUGAGUGCAAAAGACUCGAGGAAGCUCAAGAAAAAGGCACGGGUGAAGACGUAACGGAAAGAUUAAACGAAGUUUAUGACGAGCUCAAAGUACUCGGGGCGGAUUCGGCUGAACCCCGGGCUCGCCGUAUACUUGCCGGUCUCGGUUUCUCUGCGGCCAUGCAGGACCGGGCUACCAAAGAUUUCUCCGGAGGCUGGCGGAUGCGUGUGUCUCUUGCCCGUGCCCUAUUUCUGGAACCUACGUUGUUGUUACUUGACGAGCCGACUAAUCAUUUGGAUCUGAACGCUGUCAUCUGGCUGGACAAUUAUUUGCAGGGAUGGAAGAAAACUCUGUUAGUUGUAUCUCACGACCAGAGCUUUUUGGACAACGUGUGUAAUGAAAUCAUACAUUUGGACCAGAAACGAUUGUUUUACUACAAAGGUAAUUACAGUAUGUUCAAGAAAAUGCACUCGCAGAAAAAAAAGGAGACUAUCAAGGAGUAUGAGAAACAGGAGAAACGGCUGAAAGAAAUGAAACAACAAGGUCAAUCCAAGAAGCAAGCUGAAAAAAAACAAAAAGAAGUAUUGACCCGGAAACAGGAAAAGAACAAGGGCAAACCUGGUAAAAAUGCCGGCAUGGACGAUGACGACAACGCGGAACCCACGCAGCUAUUACAAAAGCCUCGAGACUAUAACGUCAAAUUUUCAUUCCCCGAUCCCAGUCCGUUACAACCACCUAUAUUGGGUCUGCACAGUGUGAAUUUUGCAUAUCCCACCCAGAAGCCGUUGUUUAAGGAAGUCGAUUUUGGCGUUGACCUCAAUUCUCGGGUAGCUAUUGUCGGGCCCAACGGUGUGGGUAAGUCAACGUUCCUCAAGCUAUUAACCGGUGACUUGCAGCCUACCAUCGGUGAAAUGCGCAUGAACCAUCGGAUGAAACUUGGAAAGUUCGACCAGCAUUCUGGUGAACAUUUGACAGCUGAAGAGACGCCCGCUGAAUAUCUGAUGCGGUUGUUUGACCUACCGUACGAGAAAGCGCGCAAACAACUGGGUACUUUCGGCCUAGCUGGUCAUGCGCAUACCAUCCGCAUGAAGGACUUGUCCGGUGGACAAAAGGCCCGCGUUGCACUGGCUGAACUUUGUCUGAAUGCUCCCGACGUCAUUAUAUUGGAUGAACCUACAAACAACUUGGAUAUAGAAUCUAUUGAUGCUCUAGCAGAAGCGAUAAACGAUUACAAAGGAGGUGUCAUAAUUGUAUCUCACGAUGAACGACUUAUCCGUGACACAGAAUGUACGCUAUGGGUUAUUGAAGAUCAAACCAUUAAUGAAGUGGACGGCGACUUUGACGACUACCGAAAAGAGCUGUUGGAGUGUCUUGGCGAGGUGAUCAACAGUCCAAGCAUUGCAGCCAACGCGGCCGUCGAACAAUAACAGCAAUCUGGUGUUGUCGAUUAUUAAUUAUGUUUAACAAUUUUGGUUGUGUGCAUGGACACAUCUGAUACUUAUAAUUAUAUUGUUGUUGUCUUUGGCGUAUUUGUGAUAAUAUUAUCGUCAUAGUCAAGUGACGUACUGUAAUUCCUAUUUACGUGCCUUUGUUUACUCACAAUAUAUUUUAUGAAUAAAUAAAAUAAAAAUUAA